UCAUCGUUAAUAUAAGGUUGAAUAUAAAAAUAAACACAAAAUGCAAAGUUCGCAAUAUCUGAAUCAACUUCACACCGCGGACAAACUGUCCGAGGAGCCUUGGCCCGAAGAUGCCACUCUCUAUCAGCCCUUUGAGGCGGAACAAAUCCUAUUGCCGGAGAACGCGAGUUGUCUGGCUGUGAAGGCCUACUUGAAGAUGUGCAAUUUACCAUUCGGAGUGCGCUCCUGUGCCAAUGCGGAGCACAUGUCGCCCGGCGGCCGAAUGACCAAAUUGCCAUUCAUCCGUGCAGGUGCAUUUAUUUUUGCCGAAUUCGAACCGAUUGUGAAUUUUGUGGAGCAAAAGGACAUGGCAAUCGGUAGCUGGCAGGAUGAGGAUGAGAAGGCCGAUAUGCGUACAUAUGUUUCGCUGGUGGAGAACAUCUUCACCAUGGCAGAACUGUAUGUGAGCUUCAAAAAUGAGCGCGUCUACAAAGAAGUUACUGCGCCCCGCAAUGGAGCCGUCUAUCCCUGGCCACUAAAUCUCAUGCAAAACUACAGCAAGCGCCGGAAUGCGCUGCGCCAGCUAAAGGUGUAUCAGUGGCACGAUCUGGACAUCGAACAUGUCAUCGAGAAAGUGGCCAAGUGCUGUGAGACGCUUGAAUAUAAACUGAAAGAAUCACCAGAUACGCCCUUCUUCUUUGGCGACCAGCCUUGUGAAUUGGAUGCGAUUGCUUUUGGCCAUCUCUUCAGCAUUUUGACAACAAGGCUGCCCAAUAUGGCUCUAGCACAAACUGUGCAAAAAUUUGGGCAUUUGGUGACAUUUUGCCGCUUCAUCGAUGAGAAAUACUUUCAGAUGAGUGGACUGUUAUUGCUGAAGUGAGCUGUUAUUGAUCAAUCAUUUAUUUUAGGCAAUGUUAAUAAGAUGUUAAGUUGUCAUCGAAAAGUAAUCGAUCUUUUGCAAAAAUAUAAUAUAAGACCGUUACGCUCAAACAUUUGUCACAUUUUUCGAGAGGCUUUCCAAGUUGUUUGGCUAUCUGCGCAUAUACUUAUUAAAUUUGAAAAAUAAAAAAUCUGUUAAUUUUUUGAUUUGAUAA